UGCUAGUAUUGUAGAUUAGCAAAGAUUCUACUUUGGAUUGGACUUCCAGAGCACAGUUACUGGAUAUCCACAGGACAGUACUGUCGAAGACUAAGACAGUACUUUCAAAUAGAAUUGGAAAGGAAAUGAGAGUGAAUUUUUGAGUGAUGCAGAGCAAGAGAAAAGGAUUGGAAUUGAGAGGAUAGUUCUGGUUGAUGAUCUCCUUUCAUGCCAACAAUAAUUUUAUAAUAAUUAUUCUGUGAUUCUGUGUGAAGCUUUCCCUGGUCAUUUGCCACCUCUUCUUGUGAUUCUGCUCCUAAAUGUGAAAACUUGGAGAAGUGAGUUUAAAAUUAUGCCAUUGAACUGGUAAGAAUGGAUCACACCUAUUGGUCCUCAUUUGCUUUAUUCAGAGCCUUGUCAAUAGCAUAAAUAACUGAAUAAACAUUUCAUUAGAACGGGGUGGAUUAAACUGAAUAUAUAGGAUCUUUAAAUUAUACCCCUUCCCACUUAUUAUUUUCACUGGAAGAGAGAUGUUGAAAUUCUAAGUAAUCCUGACUAAAGUGUAAUAUGGUUUUUAAAAAAAAGCUCAAGGUCAAAUAAGUGUGAACCAUCUGUCGAGCAUUUUAUAGGAAGGGACAUUAAAGACAUUCAUCAUUCAUGCUGAUUUUUCCUCCCAGCACUGCUGCAAAUACACAAACCACUCCAGCUCCCUUCAGAUCUACUCCAUGCUGUGCCUGAUGAACCAGCCAAGAUUAGCAGUUCACCAUCUGUGGGAAAACUUGAGUACAAAUACCUAAUAAGGUUAAAAACGAGAAGGAAUUUGUCGCCGGGGAUCUCAAACAGAAAACGCCAGUUUUGCUGUCUCUGUCUGGAUAUUUAAGAAGUGGAGCAAGGGAUUCAAUCGACUAUCCUUCCUGCUCAGACUGUGGAGAGGGAUUCAAUUGAUCAUUUGACCAAAUAGCAAGCCAGUCAUCUUACACAGGAGAAAGGCUGUUCACCCGCUCAGACAGUGGGAAUAGAUUCACUCAGUUAUCACAAUUGAAGGUACAUCAGCAAGUUCACACUGGGCAAGGCCAUUCAUCUGUUCUGUGUGUGAGAAAGGAUUCAGUUGGACCUGUGGACACACCAGUCAGUUCACACCACACCUGGUAGAGGCUGGUGAUCUGCUGAAUUUCUGGGAAAGGAUUCACUCAGUCAUUUGACCUUAUGGCUCACCAGCGAGUUCACACUGGGGAGAAGCCAUUCACCUGUUCAGUCUGUGGGAAGGGAUUCACUCAGUCAUCCAACCUACGGAGUCCCCAGCGAGUUCACACUGGGGAGAGGCCGUUCACCUGUUCAGAAUGUGAGAAGAGAUUCACUCAGUCAUCCAACCUACGGAGUCCCCAGCGAGUUCACACUGGAGAGAGGCGCUUCACCUGCUCAGUCUGUGGGAAGAGAUUCACUCGGUCAUCCAACCUACUGGUACAUCAGCGAGUUCACACUGGGGAGAAGCCAUUCACCUGCUCAGAAUGUGGGAAAGGAUUCAGUGAUUUAUCCAACCUACUGGUACAUCAGCGAGUUCACACUGGGGAGAAGCCAUUCACCUGCUCAGAAUGUGGGAAAGGAUUCAGUGCUUUAUCCAGCCAACUGAGACAUCAGCGAGUUCACACUGGGGAGAAGCCAUUCACAUGCUCAGAAUGUGGGAAAGGAUUCAGUGAGUUAUCCACCCUACUGGUACAUCAGCGAAUUCACACUGGGGAGAAGCCGUUCACCUGCUCAGUCUGUGGGAAGGGAUUCACUCAGUCAUCCCACCUACAGAGUCACCAGCGAGCUCACACUGGGGAGAGGCCAUUCACCUGCUCAGAAUGUGGGAAGAGAUUCACUGAGUUAUCCACCCUACAGAGUCAUCAGCGAGCUCACACUGGGGAGAAGCCGUUCAUCUGCUCAGAAUGUGGGAAGAGAUUCACUCAAUCAUCCCAACUACAGAGACACCAGCGAGCUCACACUGGGGAGAGGCCAUUCACCUGCUCAGAAUGUGGGAAGGGAUUCACUCAGUCAUCCUACCUACUGAGACAUGAGAGAGCUCACACCGGUGAAAAGCCGUUCAAUUGCACAGAAUGUGGGAAACGGUUCACUCUGUCAUCCAACCUUCUGAAACACCAGCGAGUUCACACUGGGGAGAAGCCGUUCCUCUGCUCAGAAUGUGGGAAGAGAUUCACUCGCUCAUCCGACCUGCAGAAUCAUCAGCGAGUUCACACUGGAGAGAAGCCAUUCCCCUGCUCAGAAUGUGGGAAGAGAUUCAGUCACUCAUCCACCCUACUGGUACAUCAGCGAGUUCACACUGGGGAGAAGCCGUUCAUCUGCUUAGUCUGUGGGAAGAGAUUCACUGAGUCAUCCAGAUUGCUGGAACAUCAGCGAGCUCACACUGGAGAGAGGCCAUUCACCUGCUCAAAAUGUGGGAAGAGAUUCACUCGCUCUUCCACACUACAGAGACAUCAGCGAGUUCACACUGGAGAGGAGCCAUUUACCUGCUGAGAAUGUGGGAAAGGAUUCACUCAGUCAUCCCAACUACUGGCACACCAGUCAGUUGUUAUGAAUCCCUAGGUUUUGUUUGCUGUGGACUGUCAUUUUAAGAGAGAGAGAUUAGGAAGGUGAAUCAGUCUGACUUGCAGCUUGUUUACAUCACUCACAGCUUGUUUAGUUUUAACUGAGGACACAGACACUCAGAGUCAGACGGAGAUGAAGGAGGAAAAAUGGAAAGAUCGAUACAAGGGAAAUAGGUGCCAAGGGUCACUGUUUGGAAUUUUCCUAUGCCCACAAGUGUGGGUUAAUUAUCGAUUCAUCAUACAUCGAAUGUGUGGUUGUCACCUCGUUUGAUCCAUAGGAGCGGAUCUGAUUUGGGGUAUCCUGUGAAGACCACUGAUGUGUUACCCCUUGCCUGGGUGUGGUGUGGUAAUUCACUUGAAGACAAUAUGCCUUGUGACAAGUCACUUUGGGUGAUAAUUAGUAUGUGGAUUUGGAAGGAUGACAGAUAAAAUCUACAGUGACUGUUCUCUUGUUUUACCACCAUGGAACCUGCGGAAUUCGACAUAAUUGCCUUCUAUCGACAUUUACCCUGGAUUACAAAUAUCUCUCUCAUCAGUUAUUCCGUGGUUGAACUGAACUUUCAUAAUUUACCAUCUGAAGACUCCAAGCCUUGUUUCCCCCUAGCUCAAUAGUUUUGGAUUUAUAUUUACACACAUAUAUACACAUAACACUGUUAACUUUUGUUUAUCUUGCUUAAGUUACUAUAUUAUAAGUAGAUUCUAAUAAAGAUAGUUUUAAGAUCAAAAACAGACUCCUGGUGUAGUCUCCACGAGGAAAUCUGCAGAUGCUGGAAAUUCAAACACAUACAAAAUGCUGGUGGAGCACAG